GCAGCAAUUGAGAUUUUAUAGUAAACAAGUGUGACAAUAAACUCCUUGUAGGAAAGUUUAUCUUUCUGUAAAAUAGUAUGUAAGUUCGCUGUUUUUAAGCUUAUGAAACCAUUUAUAUAUUCAUAAAUCAUAAAUCUGUAACUGCGUAUAAAUUGUUUCGUAAUAAUUUAUUUUCUCAUUUUGGUUCUACGUCUCAAAUUACACCAAACUACCAAUUAUGUGAAAAUCGCAUGAGUAGUUUUUAAAAAAUUAGCUCAUCAGUGUUAAUCAAGUUUGAUUUUGCCCUGAAUGCUGAUGGUUUCAUCGACUCAAAGUUUCCUUCAUGAAUAUAAUUUCACUUCUAUACCACAUGAUGAACUUAAUAUCUCUGCAGUCAAUGUUACGCUGAAAGAAACUGAAGAUGAUUUUGAAAACUUCUUGCUAGAUUUUGUGAUAGUGCCUCUGACUCUUAUAGUAGUAAUUGUUAUACUAGUGGGCUUGAUAGUGUUUUUAAUAAGAAAGAAAAGACUGGACAAAUUGCGGCAUCAUUUAAUGCCUCUGUAUAGUUUUGAUCCUGCUGAAGAAGGAGAAGAUUGGGAGGCAGAGCUUUUAGAAGAAGGGACUGAUCAUCAAAUGAGAGGAAAGAAUGCAAGACCAUCUGAACAACCACAGUUGUCCUUUCGUAAUAAUCUUUGAAAGACUGUUAUGAAGGUGACAAAAGAAAAAUAUUUUCCAUCUGAAAAUGAAUCUUUUUGCAUCGCAUGUAAUAAGAGUCCAAAUCAUAAGCUGUAUGCCAAUUUAAGAACAUGUUUUGGAAAGUUAAAAGUGUUUAUUGUUAUAGCUUAAUAAAUUGUAAUGUGCAAGUCAGUGAUAACUAUGAUCUCAGUUUGUAUUUCAAAAUUUGUAACAUUAUUGAGAUUUUAAAAUUUGUAACAUAGCUAUCUCACUUCAAACUUGUGUAAAUUUAUUUUAGAUAGUAGCUCAACAAAUGUGUUAUCUUCUGUGAUCUAUUUGUAUAGCAGCAAAAAUUUAAUUCAAAUACUGCCUUUUAAUUAGGCAAAGUGAUACUUGCAUAUUGUCUUUUCUGUCCAAAUUUUAGCCUUGAAUGUUAGCAUCAAUCACCACAUUUGGUAAUUUCGCCUCUAUCAUUGUAUAGUGACAUGGAUUUGCACCGGACCUGUACAUUAAUUUCCACGUGAGGUGGUUAAACUAAAACCAUCUGGAAUUUCUGCAAUUAAGUCAUUUAUAUUCUGCUUUUCCAUAUUUUUAAGAAUAAAUUUUAACAUUGCAAAUAAAAUAUUGUUGCUGUCCAAGCCACCAUUGAGAAUUUCUGGUAGCCAUAUUGGCACUAAAAUCUAAUUCAAAAGUUUUGCAACAACAUUUUGACUGGCAGGAUAAUUUCUAAGUAUAGAAAAAAUUGCCAAAAAACUUUCAUAUAGAAAAAUUUUAAUUUUUGAGCUUAAUUACUUCACUGUUUCUCUAGCUGAUGUUAUAAUAUGGUAUUUUUCAUAAAAAAAAAGUUAUAACAUUUGCUUGUAGUAUUUAUAUUAAAAGUCUGUCAAUGUUAAAUGUAUUUGUUCCUUUUUGUUCUGUAUGUAAGUUAUAGAAUAGUGUAUGUGUCAAAUUUUUAUUUAUUAUGCCCCUUUUGGCAUUCUGUAGUUUAUUUAUUACAUGUAGCACAAUAUAUAAGCAUGUUUGUUUAUUUAUUAUUUAAGAAAAUAUUAUUUUGACACUUGUGUAUGUUAAUGUAAAUUUCAGUAUUCACAGGAAAAUGUAAUUUAUUUUUAAUGAAUUUAAUUGUUAUAUAAAUUUGUUUAUUUUUCAAGUAACAAUAACUGUAUUAUAUAUAUAUUCCAUUUACUUUUAAGUGUAAUUGUUGAAAUCUUAAAUAUAUAGAUUAAUGUAUGAAUUUCUAAAUCUAAUUCAAACUGUCCAAAGUGUGAUUCAAAUUGUCAAGAUAUUCAAAUGUAAUUUUAAGUUUUGUAACAUAAAAAGCAGUGCUGUAUGUCAACAAUUCUUAUGAGAUCAAGUGUUCAUGAAUGAAAUAUUAAAAUGAACUAUAUUUCUAAAGUUCUAAGGUAUUUUAUGAUGUUUUAAAUUGUAUAUCUCUAUAGUAUUGAGAAUUAGUGUAUGACUUGGUGCUUAUAUAAAAUAUUCUGCUCAACUGUUCUUAAAUAUUGAGUAAGUUCUAAAAAAAUUGCAUUUAUUGUAUAUUAUUUUUUCAAAUAUACAUUUUUAGAAAAAAAGUCUUUGUAUAUUAGUGAGUUUUCGGUUUUUGUCUUUGAAAGCCGUAUAAACUUAAAUCAAUAAAUUGAACUUCAUUUUCA